AAAUAAUUUUUAAAAGUUUAUUAAAUCUUAUUCGCCCUUGAAGGUUAUUUUAAAAUUAAUUAAUUAAUUCAAUAAAUAAAAUGAUAUCGCUCAAAAUUCUUUGCCUGCUCUUACUUGGAAUAAUUUGGUCAACUACUAGAUAUAUUGAAGGGUUAUCAUGUACUUGCCAUCAAAUGGAGGGAAAAUGUAAUUCUCCGCCUCCAACCAAUUGUAAAGGAGAUAUGGUUAAAGACGCCUGUGGAUGCUGUGAUGUUUGCGCAAAAGUGUUAAAUGAGACCUGCGGAGGACCAUGGUGGGUAGGCGGGAGAUGUUCAAAGGGGCUGAUAUGUAAAUUUUCUGAUUAUCGACAACCUAUCCAAUCUGAUGGCGUUUGCAUUCUAGAAUAUCUUAGGAAAUUGGGCGAUCCUUGUGGAACCAACUGGCAACAAGGAAAUUGCACACAAGGUUUGAAAUGUGAUCAAGCAAGUCCAGGAAACAUUGGAGAAUGUAAAUCGGAAUAAUACAAAGGAAACCGAGAUUAUUAUUAUAAUUUAAUAUAUUUAUAUAUAUAUAUAUAAAUUUCAACUUUAUUUAAUAUAAAUCGAAAUUAUAUUGUUUCUAAUUUAUUUAGCAGGAAAUAUAUUAUAAUCUCUUUUUAAACUAUAAA